AUGGAGGCUGAUAUAUGGCCGCCGAACCAGUGCAAGGGGGGCCGGAGGUUAUUGUCUGAUGCAGCGCGGUGGUCCGGCGUAGUGCGCCGGCGGGGGGCCAGCCCGGGGUGGGCGGAGUGGGCAGCGCAUAACCCUUUACCCUUUAUCGCACAGGCGCCUUUUCCAAAUAUGCCCUCCGUGGAGAACGGGUGUGCGGAUUUCGGGGGUGGGGGUGGAGGUAUGGUGACUGGGGGGGUGGUGUGGUGUUGGGGGGUUGGGUGGGAGUUGGUUUACCUCCAUGGGACGCUGGCUGCAGAGUGA